AGACCCUCUGGAACCAGACCACGAUGAAUUGGCAGCAGCGGGCACGGGGCAACCGGCGCGCACAGGGGUGCAGCACACUGACCAGCAGCCACCUCGCCAGCCGACGCCGCAGCCGCCAACGCGCGGCCCGCUGCUGCUGUCGCGCAUAGCUGGUGUGCAGGAGCUCAUCAGGAAGCUGACAGAUGCCACGGCCCCCGACGGCCCUUCGGCCCGCGGCGCCGUGGCCGAGGCCGCCGCUGACCUGUCGUCGUCCGUAGACCUGGCCUGUUUGCCAAACAGGCCGGCCUCGGCCGACGAGGCGAGGCACCUGCCGGAGGGCUGCCAGCUAGGCGCCCACAGCGAUCGGCAGCAGGCCGGCGACCCGGAAUUCGGCUUCCACGGUUCGGGCAAGGCGUCCGCGGCGCUGCUCUUCACAGGGGGCUCCGUCGUGCUGGAGGGGCGGGUGUGGCACCUCUUCGCCUUCGCCUGCGUCGACGGGCCGUCCAGGCGGCUGCUGAAGCGCGCGCGCGACGAAGAGCGCGAAGCUCCCAAGUGGCGCCGCCGGCGCAUGGGGGCAGUGAUUAGCAGCUGCGGCAACCUCGACGCCAUCGAAAACUGCCGGCGCAAAAAGGCGGACGCGCCCGCGCCCGCGCCCGACGAAGGCGUCGCUGACGCCGCGCGGAGCAGUGGCGUGCCCCUUGCAGGGGCCGGCACGCCGCUGCCGGACGGCUUUUUGGCGUGGGAUGACGAGCCCUCAGAGGGCGCGCCGGCCUGCGGCGUCGGCCGAGUCGUGGCGGUGCGCUACCACCCUGACGGCCUGCCGUCUCAGCGGAACUCUGGCAACAUAGACAAAGUGGAUCAGGACUACAGAGUUACGGCCCGCUUCCUGCUGCAUCGCUACGAGGACGAGCUGCAGAAGAGAAUGUGCGAGCUGGAGGAGCUGGGGACUGAGAGGCUCAUGCAGGAGCAGCAGCAGCAGCAGCGGCAGCAGCAGCAGCAGCAGCCGCCAGCUGGCGCCGCCGCUGGUGGGCUGCUCGUCCCAGCGGCCGCCGCCCAGCCGGCGGCGCCUUACCCGCCCCCGCUGCCAUUGAUGCUGCCCGCGUCGGCGGCCGUGACUGCAGCGAUGGGCGCGCUGCGGCCGCCGGCGCUCCUGCAGGACGCCUGGGCCUUCCUAGCGCAGCAGCACCCCGAGGCGGCCGCGCCGGCGGCGGCGGCGGCGGCGGCGGCGGCGGCGGCGGCGGCAGAGGAAGCUGCCUGGUGGUUCUGGCUGGUGCUGUGGGCGGGUGCCGACAUCAGCGUCGUGCGGCACGCGGCGGAGGUGCUCCAGGCCAGGGGGGUGCAGCUGUCGCAGCUGCGGCACCCGUUUCUGGAGCGGACGGUGCUGCACGUGCUGUGCACGCUGGACUUCUUCUGGAAUGCCCUGCCGCCACUGCCGCCAACGGGCCGCUGCGAGCCCCCAUCCGGCAGCCUGCUGCUGCGCCUGCCACGCCUGCCGGACGCUGCGCGGCUGGCGCGCCUGCAGUGGCUGCGGCUUGAGCACCCAGACCAGCUGAAGGCUAUGCGCCUGGAGCCGAAUGCCAGCGGCGCGGUGCCGGCGUUCACCGCCCUGCACUUCUGCAUCCCCUGCGUCGUGAUAUGGCUGGUCACUGAGUUCCAGUUGACGAUGCCGGAGCUGCUGAGGCCCACCAAGCGCGGCAAGCUGCCACUCCUGCAGAUGAGCUCCGAGGCGGCCAGGCUCGCCGCGGCGCAGCCCGAGGAUGCCCGCGCGUCAGACUACGACGAGUGCGCGCUGCUGCUGCUGUCGGCGCUGCCAGGCAUCGCGGCGCGCCACGCCGCCCGCAAGGUGCCGGGUGAGGGGGACCCGGAGGCCCUCAUGCAGCGCGCUCUGGGCGGCCCGCGCGUGUGGGGGUCCAGGACGGCGGGCGCGGCCCACUACGACGACGACCUGCUGAUGCAAGCGCUGGCAAAGCUCGGGGGCGGCGGCCCUCCUGGCCAGGGGGCGGCCGGCUCUGGAGGCUCGCAGGGCGGCGGGGCCGGGGCGGGUGUGAACCAGGAGUUCAACUCAGCCAAGUUGGCUGAGCUGCUGCGCAAGGCGCUGACGUUCAAGGAGACCGCUGCCCUGCCCACGGUCGCGUAG